UUUUGGGGUGAUCUCCAUGAUGGUGGUGGUCUUCAUGGGGAUGUUCUUGAUGGUCUUGGCCCUCUUGUGGUGGCCAUUUUUGGGGUGAGGGCUCCCAACUGUCCCCUCCCGCAGCCAUCGAGCAGAGCAUCGAGCAGGAGGAAGGCCUGAACCGCUCCUCGGCCGACCUACGCAUCCGAAAAACGCAGCACUCGACGCUGUCCCGCAAGUUCGUGGAGGUGAUGACGGAGUACAACGCCACCCAGUCCAAGUACCGCGACCGGUGCAAGGACAGGAUCCAGAGGCAGCUGGAGAUCACCGGCCGGACCACCACCAAUGAGGAGCUGGAGGACAUGCUGGAGAGCGGGAAGUUGGCCAUCUUUACCGAUGAUAUCAAAAUGGACUCGCAGAUGACCAAACAAGCCCUGAACGAGAUCGAGACGCGACACAACGAGAUCAUCAAGCUGGAAACGAGCAUCCGGGAGCUGCACGACAUGUUCGUGGACAUGGCGAUGCUGGUGGAGAGCCAGGGCGAGAUGAUCGACCGCAUCGAGUACAACGUGGAGCACUCGGUCGACUACGUGGAACGGGCCGUGUCGGACACCAAAAAAGCCGUAAAGUACCAGAGCAAAGCCCGAAGGAAGAAAAUCAUGAUCAUAAUUUGUUGCGUGGUGCUGGGGGUGGUCUUGGCCUCCUCCAUCGGGGGCACGUUGGGCUUGUAGGGUCCCGGCGCGCCCCCCCCACCCUCCUUCUCCUUUCGGCCCCCCCUCCCCCCCCCCCCACCUCUCGCGGCAGUAAUUAACGCUCCCUUCCUCCUUCCCCGGUAAUGAGAAUAACCACAUUAAGCGAGACUUAAGAAUAAAUUAAGAGACAAUUAAUUGUUCAUGCGAACGGA